UUAGAGCCGAGAGGGAAGGCCUGUGGUCUCUGGGACUAAUGACCACCCCUCCCAGGGACGUCUGGGGAAGGACAAGGGGAGAAGAAGCAGUAGGAGGCAGGAGAUCUGAACAGGUCCCCAAGGCCUUCCGCUCCGCCUCCCGUAACUCCGUGACCGGCACUCAACCCCAGCGACGGCCCCGCCUCCAGGGAAAUCCGGGAAAGCCCCGCGCGACUGGGGCCCCUCCCCGGGGCGGGGAGAAGGGCGGCCGGGGAGGGGACACGGGAGAAGCCCGCCUCUGCCCUUCCCUCCCCCCGUUACCCAGCCCCGCCCAGCCGCCCGCAGCUCCUGCCGGCCUCUGAGUCAUGCCCCCAACCAGCCUGGCCUGUUCCCCACCCACCAACCCCGCCCGGGAUGGGAGGGGGACGUGGGGCAGAAGGGGAGCCAGACG